CCCCUGCCCCCCUCCCUCAGCUUCAGUGUUAUAAAGGGUACCCACUCUAUUUAUUUUGAGUGAUCAAGAAUGAAAGUGGUGGAAAACGGGGAUAAAAAGUUAUUUUCUUGGGGUCCCUUGGUGCUACAUUGGGGAUUAUAACCUAGUUAGAGCUCAGUCCUAGCCGCAUAAAGCCAUGUUGGGGACUACGCUCUGAAGGGGACCCCAGUAUGAUGCAGAGUCCAUUAAACUGCCCAGUGAAUGUGGAGACCAAGCGAGGAGGCUGCAGAAUAUUGAGAGAGAACUAGCACAAGAGAAUAAGGCAUUAACUCUAGUCUUGAGUGAUGACUGAGGUCUAUUUUCGUCACCAUGGAAACCUCACUGGCAGGGCCCACUUUCCCACACCGGCAACAGAGGUCGACACCACAGCCGAUAAGUACUCCAACCUUUAUAUGUACGUCGGCUUAUUCCUGAGUCUCCUGGCUAUUUUGCUCAUCUUGCUCUUUACUAUGCUUCUACGUCUUAAACACGUCAUCUCUCCCAUCACCACGGAGAACAACGGCAGCGGCAGCCCCCAGUUCACAGAUGUCGAGAUGCACAGCCGCAUCCCCACCCCUUAA